GUACUCCAUCAUUUAAUUACAGUAGCAAGCCAACUGAUCCCUCUAUUCUGGAUAAAGCCAAACCCACCGUCUAUAAGGGACUGGAUCCAGAAAGUUGAAACCACUAGACUCCUUGAGGAAACAUGUUACUCCAUGACCAAACAGUACCACUACUACACUCUCACCUGGGCCCCCCGGUGUAGUUAUCUUAGGGACAACCCAACACAAACCCACCCUAUCACUCAAACUGCACUCCCCAACCCACACAACCCAGCAUGAACCGAACCCGUACAAGACCCAAGCAGAUAGAAGCGGAGAGUAGUCGUCUCCGCUGUCAACCUGGGACCAACACCCACCAUGGUACUCCCCAGAGCUCUGAACUCAUAUGGAGCCCACACCCAAUGUACACCGGAUACAUGCCCCCCCACCCACACAGCAAAGAGUACCAUGACCUCCAAAUCAGCACCAGGGAGACCUCCCUAGAACAGGAGAGUGGGGAGGACCACACAACCCCAAAUUACAUCGGGGCGAUACGAGACGGGAUGCAUGACCUUCGUAUAGACCUUUAGAGCAAACAGGCCGACCUUCCCCUGCUCACACCCUGUAAGGGUUAAAACGCUCCUUUCAACCCCACUGAGUAUUCCUCCCUCACCCUCCAGACCAACCCCUCCUACACACAAACCCUGGGCAUUAUGCCACCCUCGGGACACACCAGAGUGGCAGACACCCUGCUCCAGCAAACAUAGCCUAUAACUCAUGA